UGGGGUGUCGUGUCCGGUUCAGUCCAAGAGAUACUCUCUUCCAACUGUCGUAUAUCUCUGUUGUCUCUUUUUGUGCCUCCGCGUGCGCGGAAGAUGAGCUCAAGAGGGACCAAGUAAAAAACGAGUCUCAGAAAUUCCAAUACACAAUUAUUACUGUGGCAGAAGAUUGUGAUGAAGCCUUCGUGGGAAACAGGUUUCUUCCAUUCUAUUAUUACUCUUCUUCAUUCACCUGGACCCGAACAUCUCAGCAACAUUCUACAGAACAGACGAUUCAGUUGAUAUUUCGGGAGUCACAAGGAAGGAUGACAAGGUCUUGUUAGAGUCAUUUUCCUCUAAAGAUCGCCAAUACCCCCAACGAGUUUGUGAUCAAGUUUUAGUGCAACUCGGGCGGUGAAUUUUUAUUAGCGCUUGUUAGUGAUUUUUGGACUCCAGCAAGGCUGUGCUGGAAGAGAAUCUUGUGUGAGAUCAUUCAGUGUUCUGUGAUCUGCGAAAAAUGGUUGAAGUGGCAUUUUAUCAGAAAUUCAAGAAGAUACUGUUCUUCUGGAAGUACAUCACAGUGGAACCAUUGCUAGUAUGUUGGCUCCUACCCGGUUUCUUUCUCAUAGCUGCCAUGGAGAAUCUCGAGUUAGAAAAAACCUGCAGGGUUAACUUGGGCCUAGAAGAUAUCGUCUGCACAAAUAUGAUCAACAGAACCAUCCACAAUAUCGAUUGUACAGAUAUCACAGCACCGGAAGUGAAAGUGAUGAAUAUGACACAAGAUGGAAAUACGACCAGAGCAGAAGUUGUGCUAGUUAAUGAAGAUGGAGUGGUCAAUCUGGAUGUUCUCAAAGAAAGAGUUUGCUUAGCAGAAACUGAAAGUCAGAAGGUCGUUGCUCUGAUCAAGGGAUAUCGGGCACCAAUUGCUGCAAUAUUUCCCCUGAUUAUAGUCCUCUUUGCUGGAGGAUGGAGUGACAAAAAGAGACUGAGGAAACCUUGUCUACUUCUGCCUAUCAUUGGAGAAUUCCUCGGAUGUCUAGCACUCUUUAUUGCUGCGAUUUUCAUGCUUCAGCUCCCGAUGGAGUUUGCUGGAAUCUUAGAGAAACUCUUCCCAGCUAUGUGUGGAGGUUUUACAUUAAUGUUAAUGGGAGUCUAUAGCUAUAUGGCGGAUAUAACACCAGAAGAAGACAGAACUUUCAGGUUUGGCGUUCUAGCCGUCUCCAUCAGCAUCAUUCCAAUAGCUGCAGUUCCUUGGAGUGGCUAUCUGUUCGAGAAACUCGGAUACGUUUAUCUCUUCACUUUAUGCUUAGUGAUUUAUGUCAUUGGCAUCCUCUAUACGAUAUUCUUCAUAAAGGAGGUCCCAGCGUCGCGCCAGGAGGAGAAAAGCGACACAAAUGGAGUAAAUUUGGAAAAUGGCCGGGAGAUUUCAACGCCUGCGAAGAAGAAGAACGCGUUUUUAGAAUUCUUUGAUCCAACUCUUCUCAAGGACUGUAUCAAGGUUUUGACGAUAAAACGAGAAGGGAAUAAGCAGCUAUUGAUCUGUCUCCUGAUUGCUGUCUAUUUCAUCUUCUUGGGCCCUCCUCUGGGUGAAGCAGACUUUAUCUACCCCUUCACCAGGAAAAGAUUUAACUGGCAAGCAAACGAAUAUGUCCUCUUCCUCACAUACAGCACCUUCAUCGCUCUCGUUGGAACAGUGAUUAUGGUCAGUGUUGUAAGCAAAUUCCUCAAGUGCUCAGACGCUCUGAUUGGAGUCAUUUCCACAGCUGGAACAGUAAUCUCCAAGCCCAUACUCGCCUUUGGAGCUACUGCAACUAUGUACUACGUAGGAACCGUCGUUGAUCUCUUCUUGGGCGUCCGAGCAAUUGCCCUAAAGAGUAUCAUCUCGACCUUUGUAGAACCCAAUGAAAUUGGAAGGGUUUACUCAAUUCUGGGCAUCAUGGAAUCUCUAGUUCAGUUUAUUUUCCCAGCCAUGUACAGUGCAGUAUACAUAAAUACUCUGGAAACUUUUGUUGGGGCCAUGUAUCUCUUUGGGGAAAUAUUUAUAAUUCCCGCUCUGCUCAUCUUCAUCUACCUCUACAUUCAGCACAAGAGAAAUCCCAAAACGAGCGAUCAAAAUCCUCAGGAAGAGAAAAAUGAUGACCAGAAAACUAAUGGGGUGGCUCUUGAAGAGGAAUCAACGUACAUGUGAGCUUUAAAUCGCACACUUUAUAUAUUUUUUCAAUAAAGAAUACUCAACUUGUCUGUUAAAAUUUA